CAUAUUUAUUGCUGAUGGAAGCAGGUUUACCUAGUAGUAAAUAUUCUAACAGACAUACGGUUUUUGGUUUUUUGGAACUCUUUGUGUGGCAGUUAUUGUUUUGAAUCUUGCCGUGUUCUGUUUACACUUGUAAACAUAGCUUUGUUAUAUACAAGUUGUAGUUAAGUAUAUUUUCUUGAGAGGACAAUGUCUAAAGUGAGUGUUGGUAAUGCUUUAGCUCAAGAUGGCGUUCCUCUUGAAAUGAAUGGAAAUAUUGUAGAUCAAGACGACAAUCCAGAAAAUAGCAAUGAAAGAACUGUGAGAAUCAUUAAGAAAGCGAAACGACAUAUCAAGCAAAGAGCAACAACUAAUGGCAAUGAUGUAGUCACCGUUAAUGUGGAAAAUAAGAGGCUACCGUUUUCUAAAAAUAGCCGGAAAUCACGAAACGGACGAGGUCGAGGGUUACCGAAGAAAGGUGGUGCUGGAGGUAAGGGUGUUUGGGGGACGCCAGGGCAGGAGUUGUUUGCGGAUAGCAGUGUUCGAGAUGCUCACGACCCUAACUACGAUUCCGAUAAUCAGGGAGCUUAUAUUGUUGAAAAGAUAAAGCCCGAGUUGACGCAGGAGGAGUUUGAGAAAAUUGUCGGCCCAUUGUUCUUGGAAUACUUCCAACAUGGCAUUAGCCAAGAUGUCAUAGAGGAUCUUGAAGAUCUGAAAUUGGGCAAGUGGAAGCCCAAGCUAUUGGAGUAUAUGAUCAGCAUUGCCCUCGACCACAAGGCCACACACCGCGAGAUGACCUCGGUCUUAAUCUCCGACUUGUACGGCAAGAUGUUGAACCAUUCCGACAUGGGGAAGGGUUUCGACGAAGUCCUCACUCGUCUUUCGGACCUCACCAUAGACACACCGGAUGCACCCACAGUUGUGGGACAGUUUAUUGCUCGAGCUGUGGCUGAUGAUUGUCUUCCUCCUAAAUAUAUCCACAAGUUUAAAGGCAACGUAGACUGCAAGCACCAACAAGAGGCACUGGACAAGGCAGACGUUCUCUUGAGUCAGAAGCAUGGCAUCGUUCGACUGGACAACAUCUGGGGCACGGGUGGUGGGAUCCGACCCGUCAAGUACCUCAUUAAACAGAUUGUCAUGUUGCUGAAGGAGUACCUGUCGUCUGGAGACAUUGCCGAGGCAACACGCUGCCUGCGCGAACUGGAGGUGCCACACUUCCACCACGAGGUCGUGUUUGAGGCGACCGUGAUAGUGCUGGAGGAUUCCUCCGAACGAUCUGCUGAGAUGAUGUGUGAGCUACUGAAGUCUCUCGCAGAUGCCGCCAUUAUUACAUCCGAGCAGAUGGUUCAGGGAUUCCGUCGUGUAUAUGACAACAUGCCCGACUUGUGUCUUGAUGUUCCCAAUGCCUACGUUUUGCUGGAGAGAUUCGCAAACAUCUGUCAUCGGGAAGGAAUCCUGUCUGCAGCUCUGCUCAAAGAACUGCCCCAAAGAGGCCGAAAACGAUUUGUUUCCGAGGGAGACGGCGGACGUGUGAAGCAGGUUGAUCCUUAAAGUGCUACAGAAUUGAGUGAAGAAGAAGAAGAAGAAUGAAUUGUAAAUGAUUUCUGGUGAUGGUUGGCAUUCCACAGACGUAUGGUUUGAGAUGAUGCAGUGUUAAUUGACAUUAUUUGUGACGAGGACGUGGAGAUCGUUGGUGGGCAUUAUAUUGUUUCCAUAUCAGAAUUACGAGCAUAAUUUCAUUCAGUCUUAUCGGUGUUUACAUCAUAAUUGUGAAUGUAUAGAUGCAACUUUUUUCCCCGUCUUUUCACUUUGUAUGUAAUGUGUUAUGUGCAUAUUUUCUAAGAUUUUUUUUAUUUUAUGUGUAGUAUUUCGAAAAAGAAAUUGAGCUUUUUGGUUUCGUUGAUUUUUUUUGGAAAUGGACUAAUUAUGAAUAAAGAAAUCUUGUUAGUUGAA